AUGCUUCACUUUAUAAACUUACCUACCCCUGUGACAAUACCUCACAACGGUUCGUGCAUUUUCACUGAAACAUAAAUUCCUUUCAGAAAGGGAAACGUCGAUGCUAACGUUCACAAUAGGCAUAGAUGGGAAGUUGACUUGCGAUCAAACAAAAACGGUUUACGACUUGAAAAGUAUCGAAAAGUUACAGGUGCCAGCUUUUUUACUCUUUCAUUACCGGUAACUUCAUUGCCAUUAACAGUUAAUAGUUCAGUUUUCUUCGGGAACGACAAUCGAAGUUGUUUGUUCCGACUGUCUGUUGCGAAUUAAUGAAAGCUGGGCUGUAAUGUUUUCGAUAAUGUGGGUUUUCAUUUCGUUUUUUUUUUUUGAGGUUUUUUUUUCAGUUGGGUCGAAUUAAACAGUUUGUCCAUUCCGCAGAAAUGUUUCGCCACAACUUUGAUGUUAAACGACGAAUUUCACGUUAAUUUAUGUUGUAUGGUGAAUUUUUUAGACUAAAUACGGCGUUCAAAGUAAUUUUCGAAAUCUGACCUUAAGUACGUUUUCGCUUUCUUUUGUUUGGUUAAAAGAAUCAAAAAAAUAAUAGAUAUUCAGCGCAAAACGUGCUUUGGGGCCUCCGAGGAUGGGAGUUUCUCACUAGGGAACUACUCGGACUCGGGUACGCGUUUCGAGUUGAAACUUUGGUGGCUAAUAGACCCUGGUGAGAGUACUUGGAAACAAGAGAGAUUAUAUGCUAAACCCCAUAGGCUUUUGAGAAAAAGCUUUUUGAAAAUGAACAGUUUAGGCUUGAAAAUUGUCAAAUUUUUGCUUUCCUCCUUCUUUCGGCUGGAAAAAAGUUUCUUAGAGUUUAUCAUAGCCGAAUCAUUCAAGGGGAUUGUUUUAAAAUAUAAAAGAAGAUAAAAAGCAGUAUUCUGAGAAUUUUUAGGCCUAAUUUUCACAUUUUCUACUAAUUUUUUCUUAGUUCUAUAUCGGGUUUAGCAGAUAUUCUCUCUUGUUUUUAAGUAUUCUCACUUAGGUCUAUAAACCCCUAAAGUUUGAACUCGAAGCGCGUACCCGAGUCCGAGUAGUUCCCUAGUCAGUCAAUAAAAGAUACUUUGAACCUGAAAAACCUCUUUUUUUUGCUCUAAAACUUCUCAGAACGCGGCGCCGCUACUUGAAAUGAAAUGAAAUUUCACGAUUAUCGAGUAAUUGAACUUUAUAGGUGGAACUGCCUGACCUCGUGGCUCACUGUCGGUUGAUUUCAAGACCUGAUUCGAAUCACGAUAACCAAUUUCUGCUUAUUUUUCCGAAAAGUUUGCCUCCAAUUUUAUUCUCUGUUGAGGUUUCCCGAGUUCCACGAUUUUUUGCAUUUUAUCUUUUCAGCCAUCAAAGUUGAAGCGAAUCUUUAAUUUUUCUGAAACGUUCCCAGAAUUGGAGGAUCUCGUUCCUUCAGGAACCGUCAUCCGCUCUUCCUUCAUCCAAAAUGAACUUUUCCGGUCUCCCUUUUUCUGAAAUUAUUCAUCACACUUUGAUUUUUCAGCUUCAACGUGCUCGGGUUAGAUACUGGCUUUGUCACAAUUUCCAUAUACGACAUUAAAGACAAAGCGCUGCUCAAAAGGUAGGCUAUUUCCAAUUCUUAUUCAUUUUAUUUUUGAAGAUGUAACUUACGUUUUGCAUGCUCUAUAACAGUAGCUGAGUUUCUUCCUACUUCAAAGGAAGAUUCGCAACGUUUAUUGAUUUCUUCGGCCAUGGGUCCUGCCGCGAUUUGGCGAUGUCUUGUUAAGGUUAAUAGUUUUUUUUCUACAUAUUUCUGUAUGGAAAAACAGUUAGAAGUGUUGAAAACAGUUUUUCUUUUUGAAAAAAAAAUCAUGAAGAGGCAGAAAAAACAGAUUUCAAAAGGGAAAAUGGUUUAGAGUUCGACAGGAAGAAUGGAAACAAAAAAGAGCCUUUGGGAAAGUCAUUGCCAGCUCGAGUUCACCCUUCAGGGAUCACAAAAGUACGAUUCAGUCAACUGCGCCAGUGUAAUUGACAAAAAUCGGAUUUUUAUUGGUACUUACAAAGGGGUAGAGCUCUUCAGAUCUAGCUUUGAUGAAAAAUAUGUUUCUAGAAAGUUCUUGUAUACGAAAUUCCUUCACUCGUUUUGGAGAGGCCCAUGGAGAUCACGCUUUCGAAUUCGUUGACCGUCGACGGAGCUGUUUUUGCCAUCAAAGUUUCCCUCAUUCCUCUAUCCAUAUACUGAACCUAUUUUUAGGAAGCUUCUGUGAAUUCUCUGACAGCUCUCACGUCAGAUGGAGCCUUUUCAAUCACGAACGGGUCGUGA